AUGUCUGCGCCGUGGCAGAAGAUCGUAGUGUGUAGCUCCGACAAAGAGAUAGUCGUGGUUGAGGAAGAGGUUAUGCUUCAUUCUGAGGUCAUCAAGAACAUGAUCCAUGAUGGCUGCUUCAAUAAAAUUAAGAUUCCUAUGUUGAACGUUGACAAGAAGACCCUCACCAAGGUAAUCCGUUAUUGCUUCAUGCACACUUACAACAAGAACGAGCACUUGAAGGAUGCUCUAAAGAAGUGGGACGUUGAGUUCGCCAAUGUGGACCCCAACACCCUCUAUGAUUUGAUGAUGGCGGCAGAGUGUCUUGAGAUUAAGAGUCUGCAGGAUCUAUUAUUGGAGAGUAUAGCAAAUAUGAUAAAUGAGAAGAGCGUAGAGGAGAUAUGUGAAACCUUCACCAUCAAGAAUGAUUUCACUCUCACUCAUCACAAAAAAGAAAAACAACUUAAUUUCCAAAGAGAACCCCAUCGACUUUUAUGA